CUACCUCAUUCUUGUUUCACAGUCCUCUCAGUCCAUUUGCUCUUGAUGUAGCAACCUGGCUGACCUCUCAAGACAACCCGGAAACGCCUCGUGUACGCAAAUCAGUAACGUGGGCAAUGCCGGUUACCCAUGAAUAUAUACUUCUAGAUCAGGAUACAGUUCAAACGGCUGCAAGUUGGCAGUCAUACUUUCCCCACGCCCACAGCUUGAUGACCUUACAGUCCUCUGCCGACACUAUUAAUCGCCUUCUCCCGAAUACUCAAGCUAGCAGGUCCGAGAUCCUUGUCGCACCAUUAGCCAGAGCUCAGCCCCAUCGCGAAGCACUCAGAAGAGAAGGUAUCUCCUUCGAGCUCGAUUCCCGCAGUUCUAUGAUGCAGCGUAUAAUCCAAAGCUCAACCAUAACGCAGAGACCAGCUCUAAACGCCUUCGAACACUACCUCAAUAAAACACUCCUAACAGCCGCCCAAAAGGAAUCAAUCCUCGUCAAACAGCGUGAGAUUGCCACCAGCAACGACAAUCCCUUAGGCACCUUCGAACGCUAUAUCAUCAAACCGAUCAUUGGUCCACUGACAUCAUCCGCUCCAAAAGAGCUACCCUCCGAGACACAGCACGAGAUCAGUACAACUCCCAGCCAAGCCCUUGACGACCCUUCAGACCCCUCAAUCCAACCCCAACCCAACAAGUUUGAACAGCAAAUCGCCCGCCUGAUCUACAACUCCGUCCUCGCCAAAGUGGAGAGCUGGGAAGCCGAAACCGCCGCAGGCAAAUCCCUCUCUGAGAUCUGGGACGCAGAGAGGGCAGAGAGAGCCGAGAAAGCCGCCAGGAAGCGAGUGAAGAGAUACUCGCGGCAUUCGAACAAGAUCAUGGAUAAGAUGGACCCCAGGGUGCAUCGGCUGCAUUCUUCCUCCCCUUGCCCGAACGAGGACUGUACGGAAAGUCCACCGAGCAUGCUAUCUACUUUCAAGACCUUGUUCGGCACUAUCAAGGAGUGGUCGAAAGUGCCAAGGAUUAGAUGGGGCUGCUACCUCAUGUCGACGCUGGUGGUUCCGAUCCCGAUCCCAGGAGUACUGUUGGUGCUUGAGGCGGUGCAGUGGGGUGGGUGGCAGGUAUGGGAUGAUGAGUUUUGGGAUGCUAUGGUGGAGCUGAUGAUGGGGCAGGUGGAGGAGGAGAGAGGGACCGUAGAGCAGACGUCGAUGCUGUUGCCGCCCCUGGAAAGCCUCAAAGAGGAGGAUGAGAUCGAUGAGGAGGAGCAGAAGACAUCGAUGGUAUCGCCCCCUUCAGAGAGCCUCAUAGUUGAAGGUGUGGAUGAGGGUGUGGAUGAGGUUGCGGAGGAGGCUGCGAAGGAGGUCGUGAAGGUGGGGGAGAGGGAGUUGGGAGAAGAUGUAGAAGAGGAGGAAGUGCCGACUAAACUACCUUUGUAGGACAGGACGCAAAGGCGGAGGCGCAGUACACUGAACGACACCCUCCCUCGCCCUUGAUUGGAGGGGGCCAUCCCUGAGACUAUCCAAGUUCUAUAGACUCCCUAAUACCUACCUCUUGAUCUGCGAGAUGGGAAGUCUUAUACCUUACCUGCCUUUCAGCACUAUCUAGAACUAUCCCUGACAGCGUCAUCCACUCCCUAUACUCCCUAUUUUUCGUCAUUCCAUUCGUGAGGUGUGAAAUUUUACUUGCUAUUCAGAGUUUUUGGGCUGCUUUGGAGAACUCCUAGUAGCAGCGAUUCGAGUUCGGCGGUACGCACAGAUGGCUGACUUGCUGUACGUAUAUUCUGCUAGAGGACUUCAAGCGGUGGUAGAAAGUGUACACAAGCGUAGAAUCAGUGUGUUGUAUCAGUAUAGAAAAUUUUAAAACAGAAUUACAGAUUCAUGAA